AUGAAAUCACUAGAGGCAGUGCAGAUGAUUGCCGGUAGAGUGAUCACCGGGGCAUUCAGGACGGUAGCGCUGCCUAUCCUCGAAGCCGAAGCAGCGAUUCUGCCGGUCGGGAUCCGCCUCAACCAGCAACUACUUCGCUUCUGGGUCAACUGCGACACUCUACCACAGAGACACGCUUCCUGGAAGCUGAAGCGCGCAAUCGACCCGGCCAACAAGAGGUUCGUGUCCCCGCUGCAGCGGAUAAUGCUGAUGGCUAGAGAAAUCGACGUCGAGCACCUCGAAACGAUCCACCCGUUUGUGACAAUGCCCUGGGCCAGCAGACCGGCCGUUCAGAUUGAGUCCCUAGAAGCAGCGAAGCGUCGGGCCAGCUCUUUGCCAGAGCCAGAGGUCGCCAUCUUCGCACAAGGCUUGCAACGGAGGGGAAAGGCUGGCAGUGGCAUCUCGCGCGUGGACGGCAGGGGCACAACAAUAGUCGCUCACUCGUUUACGGUCGGCAAGUCCGACUCAGUAGACGCCUUAUUCGCAGAGCUGCAGGCAAUUCACCAAGCUGUAGAACUAAUACGCGGCACGUGGUCAACCGAGAUGGUGGCUAGAUUUCCUGAAGCGGCCAAGGUAAAACACGUCAUCUACAGCGACAACAAGACUGCCCUCCGUCUCCUCCAUAAGCCGCGCCAAAUGCCGCGCCAGGAAACCGUCAGAAGCGUUUUGCAGUCACUAGACUAG